ACAAUUCGGCGACGACGUGAACCGUAGGUUUAAAUUUGAGAGAUACUCCUACUUCGUCCGCUUCCUCGGCUCGCAAGAUUGAACCUCGUACCAGAUCUCUCUCUCUCUACUCUCUGAAAAGGUAGCCCUAGAAAGCUUCCUCUUUCUUGCCUUCUCGCUCUCUGGAGUUCUUCGACUCAAGCUGUUACCAAGCUAAAGUGGACGGACACACUUCUCUGUCUAAUCGAUUGAUUCGCUCUGGUGAGAAAGCAGUCUCGGAUUGAUUUGUGCUACAUUACUCUCGAAGAUUUGAAUUUUUCUUUUUUUUUGAUAAGCUUGAAGAUUGGAUUGACAGUUAUUGGAAUACCAGAAAAGACUGACGCACAAUUCAAGUGACGGAAUUUGGAAGUAUCUCUCCAGAAACCAGCCAUGUGAAUCAGGAUGAGUAUUAUAGGAACGAGGCUAGAUUUCUUUUGAAUUGAGGCAUGAGUCCCAUCCAUGACACUGUAACUGCUGACUUUGACUUAUUUAAAAAAAAUGCCACUCUAGUUGAAACUGAAAGUGAUGUUCGGAGACCCAGCCACAAGAGUGAAAGACACUCGAUAAAGCAUUCAACUCCAAACUCUUCAAUAUCCAUCAUCAUCACAGGACCACUUCUUUAAAUAACUCGUAUGCCAACAUUUGUUGUAUUAUGGGACUUAUGGCUCAAUUAAAAAAAAAAUCUAGCCUCGUUACUACUAUAGAUCCACAUGACUCAUUUCUGAAGGGAUACUUCCAAAUUCCAUUCUUGAAUUGUGUGUUUGUCUGUUCUGCUAGUCGCAAUCCAAUCUUCGAUAGUAAACAUUGCACAAAAUAGUCCCACGAUGCUUUCUCAUUUGAACACGAAACAACAUGGUAACAAGUCCAAUUUGCCAUCAACAAGUUUAUAACUGAGAUCUUGGGGAAUUACUCAUUUGUAUUCCUGCAUAGCUACAUACUUCAAGACAUUGUCUAUAGCUGCAUUUACAAAAUCUUGUUCUUUAGGAUUAUGCAAGGGUAUCUCCUUCCGUUGCGAGUUCAGAUUGCCAGGCAUUUCAGAGUUGAGGGUGAUAUUUGACAAUCGAGAUGCCAAAGGAGAGAAGAGAUCGUUCUGUGUCCUUCAAUAGGUCCAGGGCAUCUCCGUUUUCAAGCAGCUCUAGUCACUCAAGACACUCAUUGCCCAAAAACCCACCUGAAAGCAAAGAGAAUGUUAAAGAGUGGGAGGAAGCUAGAUGCCCCGUUUGCAUGGAACAUCCCCACAAUGCACUUCUCCUCAUUUGUUCAUCCCGUGAGAAAGGCUGCCGCCCCUACAUGUGUGACACAAGUUACCGCCACUCUAACUGUUUUGACCAGUUUCGCAAGUCAUUUGCCAAAGAAACUACUCCACCGAACAAUGAACUUGAACACUCCACCAGCGGUCUGAUAUCAGAGGAAAUGGUUAGCAGUUGCCCGGUUGAAAUGGAGGGUUCCACCUCAAUGCAUCCCAUGUCCUGUGAGAACCAGGUAAAGACAAAGCUGGUGUGCCCUCUCUGUCGCGGGCAUAUCAUGGGGUGGGCAGUAGACGUUUCUGCCCGACGUUUCAUGAAUGCGAAAUCGAGAAGCUGUGCCUGUGAGACUUGCAAUUUCAGUGGCUCUUAUGAAGAUCUGAGGAAGCAUGCAAGGGUGGAGCAUCCUUGUGCGAGGCCAUCAGAGGCUGACCCAAAGAGGCAGCACGAUUGGAGGAGGUUGGAGCGGCAGAGGGAUCUAGGAGACUUGAUUAGUACACUAGAAUCUACUAUCGGAGACGAUGGAGAGGAAAGGAGUAACGAGGAGGAAAGCCCUUUGGGUUUCAAUGAAGGUGAGCUGUUUCCUGUUUUUCUCGUUAUUUCUAUUUUCCAACCUCGAAGUAGUUCGAGGAGCGGUGGUAGCUCGUCUGGUACCUCAGGUAGAGUUCAAGUGCCUGUGAGGAGGAGAUCAAGAAGGCUUCGAGGGGAGACCCAUGAUGUGGACAAUGGAUCUCUUUCUAGAGACAACGAUAAUGAGCCUUGAUCCUGGAUUGUUUUAUCUUCCAAUUCGCUUCACUGAUUGGGAUGCGUCGACUGCGGAUUGGAAUCGCAAGAACAAGAAGUGCAAGUUCUUUAGCUCGAGCUUUGGCCUGUUCUUCUGGGCGUGGAGGUUGUUGCUUGAGGUUGCAGAACAAUCUUGUACCCGGGAAUUGAAAAGAUUUGAAGUUACUAUUCUUAGCGCAUUAAGAGGUUCCAAAUAGUACUAUCUUUGGUUCACCUUCCUUCUGCAUCGGCAUUGUUUUCCGCUGCACAUAUUUAUGGUUUUUUUUUCUUAGAGUUGAUAAUACAUUUGAUAAGGAUUCGACAAUCUUGCUUCCAUAUGAAUGUUACUACGCAAUUUAAAA